UAAAAAAAAAAACAAAACAAAAAAAAAAACACUGUGACCAAACAUGGAAGACAACCACCCACACUAGUUCCUAUGAUGCAGAAUUAGCAUUUCUUGGCCGUGACUGUGCACAAAUUUGCAUGAGCAGCUCCACACUUUGACACGCUCCCUGUCAAAAGCCCUGUGCUCUGGCUGGGAGACGCACUGGAGUGGCCGGCACGGGGAUUAAAACUGGAGCGGGGGGUCUAAAAGAAGCGUUGACAGAACCACGAUACCUGUAGAGCACUUCUGCUGCUUGCUGCUCAACUGUUCCUCUGAUCUCCUGCGCCGCUCGCACAUCCGCCAGAAAACAAAGGACUUGUGAAACAUGGCAACACUUAAGGACUUGAGAAAGAUCACUGAUGUAAGGUAACGCAUAUGUCUCAGAAAUGUUCUUCACACAGGUCCUGGCACAGGCGCUGGUCUUGUACAAGUGCUCGUAGCGUAUCUCAGCAUGUUGUCUGCCAGUCGCUGUUAUCACACGCUGCUUCUAAAGUUGCUGCCAGACGUUGUAUGCCUCAUUCUGGCUGAGCUGUCGAUGAAGCGGGGACGUGCUCACCAGGAUGUGUUGCUACAAACAGAGAUGAAGAAGGUAGAAUGAACCUUAACGAUAAAAGAAGGGUUCGAUGGCUUCUCGACCUGUUUUUUGCUUGGGGUUUGAGUUGUGAGCAUUUUGGCUGAAUAGAAAGGAGGUGAUGUCUUUCACCAAAUUUGACCAUUUGGAGCUUUUUUUACUGAUUGUCUUCAGCAUCGCCAUGGCUGACGCUCGUCCCUCUGCCUCGGCUGGAAGCUACAAUGGUAGCUCUGGUGGCAGCGGCGUGUGGAACAUCAGCGGCAGCGGCCCGUGGUUGUUGGCCUUCAUGCUGUCGGUCAUCAUCCUGAUGACUGUGUGCGGAAACCUGUUGCUCAUUGCUGUGGUUUUUGCUCACCGCUCUCUGCGUUGCACUUCCAACUGCUUCUUGGUGUCGCUGUUCCUGUCUGACCUGAUGGUGGCGCUGGUGGUCAUGCCCCCGGCCAUGCUUAAUGAGAUAUGCGGGGCCUGGGUACUGUGGCCCGCUUUUUGCCCUGUUUGGCUUUGCUUUGAUGUCAUGUGCUGCAGUGCGUCCAUCCUCAACCUGUGUGUGAUCAGCCUGGACCGUUACCUCUUUAUCAUCUCACCCCUCCGCUACAAGCAGAGGAUGACCCCACCUCGGGCUUUACUCCUAGUCGCAGCAGCUUGGGGGUUGGCGGCACUCACGUCCUUCCUGCCUAUUGAGAUGAAAUGGAACAGUUUAGGCCACAGAAGCGGACAUCCAUCAGGGGUCGGUAACAUCAGCUCCUACCUGGACACGCUGUACCCAGCCUCCUACUUCCAGAUGUCGCCAACGGGGGGGCCUUCAUUCCAGUGCCGCCUGCAGGUCACAUUGCCCUUUGCCCUGGUGGCAUCAGUGCUCACUUUCUUUUUGCCUUCUAGCGCCAUUUGUUUCACCUACUGUCGGAUCCUUCUGGCAGCACGGAGGCAGGCGAAGAGGGUCGCUGCCCUCAGCCACCCACCGCAUCCACAUCCGUCCCUCGGAGAACCGUCCCGGCCUACUUCACCUGGGGCCUUGGCAGGGCAAGUUCCCCCAGAUGCAGAAGACUGCAGCCAUCAAGAGAAUCAUGCGUUACACAACGCGCCAGCGUCAGUGAACAGCGAGCGUCGGCUGGCACACGGGCAGGGUCGGAGGGCGCUGAAGGCCAGUCUGACCCUGGGCGUCCUGCUGGGUCUCUUCUUCAGCGCCUGGCUGCCGUUUUUCAUCACCAACAUGGCUCAGGCAGUGUGCGAUUGUGUUCCUCUUGCACUCUUUGAUGCCAUCACCUGGCUGGGCUACUGCAACAGCACAAUGAACCCCAUCAUCUAUCCCCUGUUCAUGAGAGACUUUAAGCGAGCUCUGGGCAAACUGUUACCCUGCUGUUCCUCCCGUUCACCCAGAAGGCCCUCGCCAGCGCUCUCCCUCUCUCUGCGAAACUCAGGAGAACCCAACAUAGCCAGUGACACCCCCUCGCCGCUCGCCUCUGACUCCACCCAGCCCCCUGCCACCGAGGGUGUCAACCUGCUGGAUGCCGAGAUCGAGCUGCCUUUGCUUCUCCCCAAUCAGGUGGACACACGGGACUGAAUCAUGAGACUGUGGCAGGAUUCAAAACAGUCAUUGUGUAAAACCUGUAUUCAUCUACUUUUUUAACGUUUAAAAGUGGUUACUGUUUUAAUGUAAAAAAAAUUCCCAAAGUGCAAAAAUAAAUAAAUAAAUAAACAAUUUCAUGUAGAAUAUUUACAACUGUAAUAAAAUUUGAGAUUUGAAAUGACU